GCCGCCGAGAGCGGAGCAGAAGUAUUUAGCGCGUUGCCGCCGACGGUCCUACUGACACAGAAAAUGCAAAAAAAGUAAGAGCGAAAAGAGCUGGCGUAGGCGUGACAAAAGCGGUGAAAAAGCAACGGUUCUGGUGCAAGAAAAGUGUAAGAACUACAGUGAAGCCAAGCAGCGAACGAAUAUCGAAAGCAGAAGGCCCAACUUGGCGCUAUUCCAAUGAAUAGUCCUCGCUCGAACGCGGUCAAUGGCGGCAGCGGCGGCGCCAUCUCCGCUCUGCCCAGCACCCUGGCCCAACUGGCGCUGCGCGACAAGCAGCAGGCUGCGUCGGCAUCGGCGUCGGCGUCCUCUGCCACGAACGGCAGCAGCGGCGGCGGCAGCGAGUCCUUGGUGGGCGUCGGCGGACGACCGCCCAACCAGCCGCCCAGUGUGCCAGUGACGGCCAGUGGCAAGCUGGACGCCAGCAGCGGAGGCGCCUCCAACGGCGACUCGAACAAAUUGACGCACGACCUGCAGGAGAAGGAGCACCAGCAGGCGCAGAAGCCACAGAAGCCGCCGCUCCCGGUGCGCCAGAAGCCCAUGGAGAUCGCCGGCUAUGUGGGCUUCGCCAAUCUGCCCAACCAGGUCUACCGCAAGGCCGUCAAGCGGGGAUUCGAGUUCACCCUGAUGGUGGUCGGGGCCAGUGGGCUGGGCAAGUCCACUCUGAUCAACUCCAUGUUCCUGUCGGACAUCUACAAUGCGGAGCAGUAUCCGGGUCCCUCGCUGCGCAAGAAGAAGACGGUGGCCGUGGAGGCCACCAAGGUGAUGCUCAAGGAGAACGGGGUCAAUCUCACGCUGACCGUGGUGGACACACCCGGCUUCGGCGAUGCCGUCGACAACAGCAACUGCUGGGUGCCCAUACUGGAGUACGUGGACAGCAAGUACGAGGAGUACCUGACCGCCGAGUCGCGGGUGUACCGCAAGACCAUCUCGGACAGCCGGGUGCACUGCUGCCUGUACUUCAUAGCGCCAUCGGGCCACGGACUCCUGCCGCUGGACAUUGCCUGCAUGCAGAGCCUGUCGGACAAGGUGAAUCUGGUGCCGGUGAUCGCCAAGGCGGACACCAUGACGCCCGACGAGGUGCAUCUGUUCAAGAAGCAGAUCCUCAACGAGAUCGCCCAGCACAAGAUCAAGAUCUACGACUUCCCCGCCACGCUGGAGGAUGCGGCCGAGGAGGCCAAGACCACGCAGAAUCUGCGCAGCCGAGUGCCAUUCGCGGUGGUGGGUGCCAACACCAUCAUCGAGCAGGACGGAAAGAAGGUGCGGGGCAGGCGCUAUCCCUGGGGCCUCGUCGAGGUGGAGAACCUGACGCACUGCGACUUCAUAGCGCUGCGGAACAUGGUCAUACGCACGCACCUGCAGGACCUCAAGGAUGUGACGAACAACGUGCACUACGAGAACUACCGCUGCCGGAAGCUAUCCGAACUGGGACUGGUGGACGGCAAGGCCAGGCUGUCCAACAAGAACCCACUCACCCAGAUGGAGGAGGAGAAGCGGGAGCACGAGCAGAAGAUGAAGAAGAUGGAGGCCGAGAUGGAGCAGGUGUUCGACAUGAAGGUCAAGGAGAAGAUGCAGAAGCUCAGGGACUCGGAGCUGGAGCUGGCGCGGCGCCACGAGGAGCGCAAGAAGGCGCUGGAGCUGCAGAUCCGGGAGCUGGAGGAGAAGAGGCGCGAGUUCGAGCGCGAGAAGAAGGAGUGGGAGGAUGUCAACCACGUGACGCUGGAGGAGCUCAAGCGGCGCAGCCUGGGGGCAAACAGCAGCACGGACAACGUGGAUGGCAAGAAGGAGAAGAAAAAGAAGGGUCUGUUCUAAGUCAACCCGCUCAAAAAGCCCACUUCCUCCCUACCCCAUACACUUAAGCGCUAAUCUCGAGAACAAAACAAACGAAAGCCAACCCCUAGCGUAUCCUACACUUAUACCUACCACAUAAAGUAAUUCGAAAAGUGCAUAAAUAUAUAUCUAUUGUUGGGCCCCCAGCCGCCCCACAAGGCUUCUAUUCGCACAGCAAUCGCCCCGCGAUGGCGUUGCAUUUGUUUUCUACAUUACUAUACGAGUACAUAUAACACAUAGCAGUUGCAGUAUUUUACCAAUAUAUAUAUCCACGCAUUACUUGACGAAA